AUGUCCGGCGCCCAGACCCCCGUCAACCUCGCGUCGUCGACGACGCUCUCGCGCCCGCAGCCGACGAGCGGCAACGACCGCGCCGCGAAGAGCAGCUUUGGCUCCGAGUCGGCCAUGUCGCUCCUUGUCGACUCGCUCAAGGACCGCCUCCUCUUCGCUAUUCCUAAGAAGGGCCGCCUGUUCGAGAAGACGGUCGAGCUGCUCGCGGGCGCUGAUAUCAAGUUUAACCGCGCGCACCGGCUCGACGUGGCGCUGGUGCAGAACCACCCUAUUGCGCUCGUCUUCCUCCCCGCGUCCGACAUCCCGCGCUUCGUCGCCCUCGGAUCCGUCUCGCUCGGCAUCACGGGCCAGGACGUGAUCGCCGAGUCGACGCACGGCGACGCGAUCAAGGAGCUCCUGCCGCUCGGCUUCGGCAAGUGCAAGCUGCAGGUGCAGGUGCCCGUCACUGGACCCAAGCAGACGAUCGAGGAGCUCGCGGGCGGCCGUAUCGCCACGUCGUUCAACGUGCUUGCUGAGGAGCUGUUCGCCAAGGUCGACACCGAGGCCAACGCCAAGGCUGCCGCCGGCCAGGAGGUCAAGACGAGCGUCGAGUACGUCGGCGGUAGUGUUGAGGCUGCGUGCGCGCUGGGUAUGGCCGAUGGUAUUGAAUCCGGCGACACCAUGCGCGCUGCUGGCCUCCACGCCAUCCACACCCUCAUGUCCUCCGAGGCGGUCCUGAUCGCGCCUUCCACCCCGCACGCCUCGCUCACCCCCGAGCUCGCGCCGAUCGUGGACAUGAUCAAGCGCCGCAUUGCCGGCGUCAUCGCGGCGCAGAAGUACGUGUACGCGUCGUACAAUAUUGAGCGCAAGAACCUCGCGAACGCGUUGAAGAUCACGCCUGGCCGCCGCGCGCCGACCGUGUCCAGCCUCGACGAGGAGGGCUGGGUCGCCGUCUCGUCCAUGAUUGAGAAGAAGCAGAUGGCGCAGGUCAUGGACGAGCUCGAGACGACGGGCGCGCAGGAUAUCCUCAUCCUCGCGCUCAACAACUGCCGCGUCAACGUCUAG